AUGCCUGCCUUUGACGUCCGCAAAAGCAUCGUCGUGAGACAGGCCGCCACCGGUGGCCAGACUGGAGGAGCCUCUGGCGACGGCAACAGCUCCCAGACUCCCAAUACCACGCCGAGCACCGGCUCUCAACCCAGCACCGGCGGCCAGACCACCCCGACAUCAUUGCCCAGCACCACUACGCCCACCACGCCCUCGCAGCCCACGAGCAGCUCGCCGCCCCCGUCGAGCUCUUCUCCUCCUCCCCCCAGCUCAUCGUCGUCGUCGUCGGCGCCGCCUCCUCCUUCGUCUUCUUCUACACCCACGCCUACGCCUACGCCGACCCCGACCCCAACUCCGACCCCGACCCCAUCUUCGGUGCCAACCACGACUCCCGUCGUCCCCAGCUCCACGUCCACGACGGCCGUGCCCCCGACGACGACCGUCGAGACCAGCCUCAGCCCGACCUCGACUUCGACCUUUGUCGUCACCUCCACCACCACCAACACCGGAGCAUCGCCCUCAUCCACCUCCACCUCCGCCUCCCACACCCCAACGCCCGUCUCUGGCGGCGGCAGCAGCGGCGGCGGCCUCAGCUCCUCGGGCAAGGUCGCCGUCGGUGUCGUCGUCCCCAUUGCCGCCAUUGCUCUUCUCGCCGUCAUUGGUCUGUUUUGGUGGAGGAAGCGCAAGGCCCGUCUCGAAUCGGAAGAGGAGCGCCGCAAAGAGGUCGAGGACUACUCGUACAACCCCAAUGCCGACCCGACCAUUCCCGCUGUCGGUCUAGUUGGUGGCGCUGCCGCCGGCGGUGACAAUGGCUACGAGAUGCGCGAGGAAGCCUCCACCGGCUACCGUGGCUGGGGCUCGACUACGGCUGCUGGCUCCGUCGGCCGCAAGGCCUCCACGACGCUCUCAAACCCUGGUGCCUUUUCCGAUGCCACCACGGCCCGCGGGGCCGGCUACGACGCCCAGGAAGCCAACUCGUCCCAGGAGGGCGAGAUUCUGGGCGCCAUGGGCCCCUCGGCCGCCAACAACCGCGCCGACGUUCGCCGCGGGCCAUCCAACGCUUCGUCCUCGUACAGCGCCACGGGCCGCUCCGAGGGCUCCGACGGCGGCAUGUACGGCGCCGGCCCCACGGCUUUCUACGACCAGUACAGCCAGGGCGCCUACGGUGAUGGUGGCGCCGUCAUCCGCGAUAACCCCGCCCGACGAAACACCCAGAUCGAGAACACGUCCCACUAUCCCCAGCAGAGCGCGGGCAUUGCCCAGAACUUCUAA